AUGUACGGACCACCUAGAAGUGAUUCCGAGGCUGGCGCUGGUCUGCUAGAGGAGUUAGCAAGAUUACCUGCUCGGCCUGAUGUCUUGGUUGUGGAGGACUUCAAUGCUCCACUCGUCGAGUGGAAUUCAACAAACGCACGUGGUCCAGAGCAAGCAUUCAACCGGCGUUUACUAGCCCUGACACUCAGUUCAUGUCUCAUCCAACACGUUCUAUAUCCCACCAGGAACGACUACACGGAACAUGGACCCAGUUCCCCUCCUGAAGGCAAGUAA